CUCGAGACCCGCCACCUUUUCAGGUUUGCUCUUUAUUAAAACGAACUUCGCUAAAUUUUCCUGGCUAGUUAGCUGCAGUGUUACAGCCUCGGUUUAUCAUCGCCACAUAACGGACACUAUGGUUGGGUUAACUUUAUUUGAAAGGAAUAUUGUAUUAAAGUGGACAGACAGUUGUUAAAAAAACGUUAGCUUUUUGAGCUAAACUGGUAAUGACGUCUCAAGCGCGAGGCACCGUGUCACUCUCAGAGCGGGAAACCCUACCAGAAUGACCACGUCAGUAUCGUGCAAGACAUCGUACGUGACGCCUCCUUCGGGUCAGUACGUAUCUGAACCCGUGAACGUGAUCAUCAGUCAGAAAGAAUGCGAUCAAGGUCAGGUGGUCAACUCCGAGUUUAACCUUAUGGAAAUGACAGAGGUUGAAUACACACACCUUCAGCACCUCAUUCAGUCUCAUAUGGAAGCUCAGGAUGGCCCCGAAGAGCUCAGGGUAAAUCCGCCAUCUACUACAGAAUGUGGGAGUGAAAACAGCUGCAAGGCGUGUCCGUUUCCGUAUGCGUCACCUGCGUGUCCGCCGGACGCGUCUUCUUCAUCCUCUUUUCCCACAGAUGUGCAGUUUGUUUCAGUGCCUAGUAACCAAGGAUCUGAAGACAGUCAGGAAGUUAAAAUGCUUCUUUACAGUGAUCCGAGUAGCAUAAGUACUCUAGGGGGGAGCACGCCGACUAGCAACGGCGAGGUUCCCAGCUCUAUGCUGGUGAAGUUGAGAUGUGUCAUGGACGGGGCGAGAGAGAGAAAUGAUAACCGAAGGGUCCUUCCUCUUGGUUCGAGACCCAACCCACCUGCACGGGUUUGCUUGGAGAAGAGGUUCAACUGCGACUCCUGUGAUUUGACCAAGAAGCAAGAGUCACAGGCGGCAGUACUGAAUACUUUUUUGUCGAUGCUUCACAACUCUACGGACGUGCCAGGUAUCGCGAUGCAUUCUGAGCCGGAAAAUUGGUCCAAAGUAGAGAGGACUGCCGCAGUAGAGUGCGGUCAUCCAUACACAGGGAAUCAGAGGCUCUGUCACUUCUCUCAGCUGUUGGAGGGCAGCAAACAUCCAGCAAAGAACCCCAGCGUCAGUAAGAGUGCCGACUCUGUGCCGAAAUCCCCGUGCAUCAUAUACGCUGACGUGACUACCGAGGAGCAGGUCAUCAACAUGGAAAAUGAGGGAGUGCAAAAAGCGGUGAAGAGAGCCAGGACGCGUGGAGCCCGGACUUUGCAAGCCCGGGACCCCAAUAUAAUGCAGGGCUCAGGAAAAUGGAACCCAGUUUGCCUUAUUCCUGGUCGUAAACCAGAUCGAAGAACCCGACUUCCUUUAGAGAUUAGUCAGCGUAAAGAGACACACAACCUCAAGGAGAGAGACCGCAGGAGGAGAAUUCGGCUGUGCUGUGAUGAGCUGAACAUGUUGGUGCCGUUCUGCAACGCUGAGACCGACAAAGCCACGACUCUCCAGUGGACAACCGCCUAUCUCAAAUAUAUCAGAGAGAUCUACGGAGACUCCCUGAAACAGGGCUUUCAAAACACGUUUUGCGGGAAAACCGGCGUCCGGAUCAAGCCGAGCUGCGCUAACGAUGCCGCCGAGUGUGAGAACGCUGCAUCAAAGGAGUGACUUCUCUUCAUUUCAGCUGUACUCCCGUAGCAGGCGCUUGCAUUCGAACAAAUUUUCCAUUACAGUUACAGUUUGACUUUUUAAUUAUUCAUUUGUUUACUUACUAACUUACUUACUCUUUGAUGUAUUGUUUAAUUUAUAUAAGAAGGUAAUUGACUUACAUUGCAUAGUCUCCAUUGUAAAAAAAAAAACAAAAAAACCCACAUUUUAAUUUAAACCUUUCCUCUCCUAAUGUACAAUUCAUAUUUUCCUGAUCAACCGAUUGCAUUUUAUAUUCUUAUGUUCAUGCCGUCACGUAUAUAGUUUAGUUUAGCCCAUAACUUACCCAUAUAACCCUGGUUAUCUGUCUUCUCAGUUACAGAUUAUAUCAAGUUCUACCUACAGUUGUUUUUAUAAAACCUGACUCAAUUGUGCGUUUAUAGUGCAAAUAUCAAACCCUAUCUGGCGUCGUUUUCCCCUAAAACAAUUUAAGUUGGACGCUUAUAGUGUCGUAUAGUUAAGUUUUUAUAUAAGUAAAAUUAUAUUCCUGUUCUAUUAAGGUUUUAUUGAAGAUUCCUGUUUGCAGGAAUAUAUUAUAUUCAUAUAAAUUCUAAGACAUAUUAUAUAUAAGGAAAGAAAAAAAAAAGCUUUCACUGUAAUGUAACCUUUAUUGUUUUAAUAAAUGGUUAUGUAUUAUGCGUUUUUUUUUCUUCCUCCACGUGAACGGCUAACGGACUAGACGUCUGAGAGAAGAGUGACGUUUAGUGUUUUUUUUUUUUUUCUUACUGAAAAGUGGCUUUAUUCAGUGUUUAUUUCUUACAACACGGCGCUGUAGCGUCUCACCGUACAUACAACAGUCAACCAGACAUAAUAAAUAGUAUUUAAAGUCAUGGAUAUUUAAUAGUUUACAGCACC